AGUCGGUGUAUCCCUCCGCCUGCGGUAGAUGUGCUGAGGCUGGAGUAGCCACCAUUUUACAUGUCUAGUGUGUUCCUCCCUCCAUUGCUAAUAGAGACGAUUCCAGUCAUUUUCUGGCAUCAUUACGGCUAAGAAUGCCAGCUCCGAUCAGACUGCGGGAGCUGAUCCGGACCAUCCGGACAGCACGGACCCAGGCAGAGGAGCGUGAGAUGAUCCAGAAAGAGUGUGCUGCUAUCCGCUCGUCCUUCAGAGAGGAAGACAAUACGUACCGUUGCAGAAAUGUGGCAAAGCUACUUUAUAUGCACAUGCUGGGCUACCCGGCACACUUUGGGCAGCUGGAGUGCCUGAAGCUGAUUGCGUCCCAGAAGUUCACCGACAAACGGAUAGGUUAUUUGGGAGCUAUGCUGCUGCUGGACGAGAGGCAGGACGUCCACCUACUAAUGACAAAUUGCAUUAAGAAUGACUUGAAUCACAGCACACAAUACGUCCAGGGCCUGGCCUUGUGCACUCUGGGCUGCAUGGGCUCCUCAGAAAUGUGUCGCGACUUGGCUGGCGAGGUAGAGAAGCUGCUCAAAACAUCCAACUCCUACUUGAGGAAAAAGGCAGCGUUGUGUGCGGUUCAUGUCAUCAGGAAGGUCCCAGAACUUAUGGAAAUGUUCCUUCCAGCCACAAAAAACCUGCUGAGCGAGAAAAACCAUGGUGUUCUCCAUACAUCAGUUGUCCUCCUCACUGAGAUGUGUGAAAGAAGUCCUGACAUGCUGGCCCACUUCAGAAAGUUGGUUCCACAGUUGGUGAGAAUCCUGAAGAACCUCAUCAUGUCUGGAUACUCUCCCGAGCAUGAUGUGUCAGGCAUAAGUGACCCUUUCCUGCAGGUGCGGAUAUUGAGACUACUGCGAAUUUUAGGCAAGAGCGACGACGACUCCAGUGAAGCAAUGAAUGACAUUCUUGCACAGGUUGCAACGAACACAGAGACGAGUAAAAAUGUAGGCAAUGCAAUUCUCUACGAGACUGUGCUGACUAUAAUGGACAUCAAGUCUGAAAGUGGACUGAGGGUCUUGGCCAUUAACAUCCUCGGUCGCUUCCUUCUUAACAAUGACAAAAAUAUAAGAUACGUGGCAUUGACAUCUCUACUAAAGACGGUACAGACGGACCACAAUGCAGUGCAGCGGCAUCGGAGCACCAUCGUGGAUUGUUUAAAAGACCUGGAUGUGUCCAUCAAGAGACGUGCGAUGGAGCUGAGCUUCGCCCUGGUGAACGGCAACAACAUCAGAGGCAUGAUGAAGGAGCUGCUCUACUUCCUGGACUCCUGCGACCCGGAAUUUAAAGCAGACUGUGCAUCAGGAGUCUUUCUAGCUGCAGAAAAGUACGCCCCGUCGAAAAGAUGGCACAUAGACACCAUCAUGAGAGUCCUGACAACAGCGGGGAGCUACGUGAGAGACGACUCCGUCCCCAACCUCAUCCAGCUCAUCACCAACAGUGUGGAGAUGCACGCCUACACAGUACAGAGACUCUACAAAGCUCUGCUGGACGACAUCUCACAGCAACCGUUAGUGCAGGUGGCGUCCUGGUGCAUAGGAGAGUACGGGGACCUGCUGGUGUCUGGACAGUGUGAGGAGGAGGAGCCUAUUCAGGUGACUGAGGAUGAAGUUCUGGACGUGCUGGAAGGCCUCCUGGUGUCCAACCUGUCCACUCCCGUAACCCGGGGUUACUCCCUCACCGCCAUCAUGAAGCUGUCCACUCGCUUCAGCAGCGUGAACCGAAUCAAGAAGGUGGUUUCUAUAUAUGGCAGCAGCAUCGACGUGGAGCUGCAGCAGAGAGCCGUGGAGUACAACGCACUCUUCAAGAAAUACGACCACAUGAGACCGGCUCUACUAGAGCGGAUGCCCAUCAUGGAGAAAACUGCUUCUAACGGCCCCACAGAGAUCGUUCAGACAAACGGGGAGACGGAGCCGUCUGUGGAGCCCAAACAUCCUCCACCCGUCACCCAGCCCACCAACCAGGCGAAUGAUUUAUUAGACCUGCUGGGUGGAAACGAUGUGGUGCCAGUAAUCCAGACCACGAUGCCCACCAAGCCUGCCUCAGCUGGAGGAGAGCUGCUGGACCUGCUGGGGGACCUCUCGCUAAGUGGAGGCCCAGCUCCUGCUCCUCCUGCUCCCUCUGUGCCCUCCUCCCAACCCUCCUUCCUCCUGGAUGGUCUCUCCUCACAGCCCCUCUUUAAUGACAUUGCAGCUGCAGCUAUUCCUCCCAUGACGGCGUACAACAAGAAUGGUCUGAAAAUAGACUUCACAUUUGAGAGAGCUAAUCCCAACCCAAACAUCGCCGUCAUCACCAUCCAUGCUUCCAACUCGACAGAGGCAGAUAUGACAGACUUUGUUUUUCAGGCUGCAGUACCAAAGACAUUCCAGCUGCAGCUCCUCUCCCCUAGCAGUAACGUUGUCCCAGCACUCAACCAGGGAACGGUCACGCAGGUCAUCAGAGUCCUCAAUCCACAGAAGCAACAGCUACGAAUGCGGAUCAAGCUGACGUACACCCUCAAAGGCUCGCCUGUCCAAGACCUGGCUGAGGUUAAUAACUUCCCCCCUCAGUCCUGGCAGUGAUGAGCUGCUGCUGUUCUCUUAAACGCCCCCCCGCCCCGCCCCGCCCCGCCCCGCCCCCCACCAAGGGAACUAUGAAAACGAUUUUCCUUUCACCUCCCUCCUUUCUUCCAACGGAUCCCCCUGUGACGUCACUGCGGUCGCUGCCCUCGAGUUGCAUGGGAAGCAGCAGAGCAUCUAACACCACAGGAGAACAUACAGAUGUUACCAAGACCCUACUGACUUACUGACAUCACCAGAAUAAUUGGGAAAAAAACAUAUCAAUCAAUGAACUUUCUCUUUUCUUUUCUUAAUUGGUUUCCAUGUCUUUUGUGUAGUCGUACUAUUUAACACAUGCACCGUUCAUUACCACCCACAAAAGCACAUUUUCACCUCAUUAAACUGGCACACGAGAGUAGAAAGUGUACGGGCGGAAAUAUGUGCCACCAGAAACUUAAUUUGAACUGCUUAACUUGAAUAAUUGCAUUUAAAAAAAUGAAUUUGAAUCACAUGAUUUGAAUCUGUGUUGUUCAAUUUGAAUCACUGCAUUGAAAAACUGAACCUGAAUUGUAAUUUGAAUUUGAAUUUAUUAGUUAUGAAAUGAACAUUCAGUUCCCACAAUUCAAAUUCAGUUUGCAAAAUUCAAUUUUCUGCAACGAACAACUAGGCAGAAGCAAUCGAGCACAGAAAAUGGAGGUGCCGAUUGGCCGAAGAGGCGCUCUGAGUAUCUUUUACAACUUUUACUGCUAUAUUUGAGUUACUUCACUCACAUGAUAACAUUUAUUCCUACCAGUUGAAGCUCAAAAUCAGAAAAUUUACUGCAUUUCGUAAAGCGAUUAAAUUAAUAUUGAGGCAGAGCAAUCGAGCCGAAGAGGCGCUCUGUGUAUCUGUGCUCGAUUGCUCUUUCCUCAACUACCCGGAUGUUCGUUGCAGGAAAAUUUAAAUUGAAUUUUGCAAACUGAAUUUAAAUUGUGAGAACUGAAUGUUCAGUUCCAAACUAAUAAAUUAAAUUUCAAGAUUAUAAUUCAGAUUCAGUUUUUCAAUGCAAUGAUUCAAAUUGAACGAUACAAAUUCAAAUUACGUGAUUAAAAUUCAGUUUUUUUCAAGUUAAGCAAUUCAAAUUCAAAUAUAAAUAAUUCAAACUCAGUUUCUGGUGGCACAUAUUUCAGCCCAUAAACGUGUCGUCCACUCUGAGCACUGCAGUAAAAACAGAGUUUGAUUUUAAUUUAUAAUUAAACUAAAAAUGCCGUUCAAACACUUUGCUCCAUUGAUUAUUUUUGAUGAUUUCUAAUCGGCUUUGCAUUCAGAUUUUUUAUACGAACCUUCAGUCCUAUGAAACGGCUUUGAAAAGGUCUAUUCAGUGCAGUUAUAACCCCUUUUUU